AUGAAGCUGCCGCCGCCAAACUCCCGCCACAGCCAGACCGACGGAAACAAGGCGAUCGAGAGCCGAGGACGCACCGCUCCCCCCGCCCGCCGUCCACCCCCAUUUUCUGAUCGGCACUGUCGGGCUCAGCCGCCAGGGAGGGCCGGGAAGCGCCGCCCGCCGCCAGCCCAGCACAGCCCCGGCCCCGGAGCGCUCUGUCAGUCACUCCGCCCGCCCCGGCGACCGCCGGCACCGCCCAGCACUACCGGCGGCCCCAUUUCCCCCUGCCCCUUCCCGGGCAGCCUACAAGCUCCUCCUGGGCGGGGCGGGGCGGCCGCAGGACUCGUUCCCCCGAAGCCCGGCUCGGACCGGCCCCUCCGAAAGGGGCGCCCCGUCUCUCUCCGCCGCCCGAACCCCAGUGUACCCCUCCAGCCACAGCCAGCUAACAGGGCAGCCGACCUCGCCUCGCCGCCGUCUCCUCCGCCGCCGGCAGCCGGAACCCCGCCCCUGAGCAGCCGCCGCUCCGGGAGUGGCGGCGCUGGCGGCGGCAGAGCCCAGAGCGGAGCGCCGCCCCCCUCCUUCCUUCCGCCCCGCCGGGCGCCACCUUCCCCUCCUGGGGGGAAAAUGCGCCACCGAGCGCCCCCCGCGCACGCGCAGGCCCCGCCCCCUCAACUCGUUAGCCCUCUCCGGAGUGCCCCGCCCCCCGGGCGCGGCGCACUCUGGGAGUUGUUGUCCACUGAGCGGCGCGGCGCUGACUGCCGGAAAUGCUGCUAA